AUGUUUGCAACUAGAGCGCUCUUGCAAUCAUGCAGAAUCACAAUGUUUAGCCGUGAUACUUGCGGCCUUUGUACACAGGCAAAAGGCGUGCUUUCUGACGUUUGGGACAAGCGCCCAUUUGAAUUCAAAGAAGUCAACCUUUCCAACAGCGAGAAAUGGAGAAAUCUCUACGACUUUGAUAUUCCGGUUAUUCACUUCGCGAAAGCCAAUUCACCUGAGGAAGACGUUGCCAAGGCAGCCAAGGCAAUCAAGCUUAUGCAUCGCUUCACACCGGAGCAAGUUGAGGAAAAGAUGGAUCUUAUUGACAAGCUUUAA